UUUGCGGUUGCUCGAGACCGUACCCGAGCCCGAGCCCGAACCCCGAACAACCAAAUUCAUUUUAUUGCAAGUGGUCGGAUCGAUCGGAUCGUUUGAAUUUCGAUGAUCAUCAGUUUUUUAGCUAAAGCCAUCAAUCAAUCAUACGGCAUAAAAUAGAUGUUGUACUUUUUAAAUUUCUUUUAUUUUUUUUAAUUUUAAUUUUUGUUUUUUUUUUAUAAAUGAUGUUUGCAACGUGGAAAUAGAAGCAAAGUGACGCUGUGUUGUGAUUGUGAUUUUGUGAUAGGAAUUGAUGAGAAAUAUAAACCGCAAUUUGGAAGUAGCAAGUAAAUUGUCGCUCAUUCUUUCCCCGAUUGUUGACCUUACUGACGGACGGUACAGAAGAAUGCACUUGUUACUUAAUUGCUGCCGCAGCCCGCAACAGUGAAAUCCACAAUUGAAUUAAAAUUUGACUUGAAAAUAAUAAAAUCAUACAAAAGUGAGGAAAUAAAACUUGUGAAAGAAGAAGAAAGGAGCACUUCUAUCUACUUCGGACUUCGGAUUUCGAAGAGGAGGCAUUGGUGUUACUCAAAAAACGCAAAACCGUUGCGAAUGACAUAAAACUAAACGUACUCGUAGCAUCGCUAGAAAGAAUAUGAUGGAUUCGUUGAGUUACUUUUUGCAAAGCGCAGUCGGCUUCUCGGUCGGCUUCUCACUAUUGGGAGCCGUGGAGGUUGCAUCGGUGGCCUUCAUUGUGUACUACAUCUACACUAAGACAAGGGCUCCAACUAUAAUCGCUGGACUUUUCCCACACCUCAAUAUCAACAUCAAUUCAUCAUUUGAUACGUUUAAUAAAAUGGGAUAUUUGUCAUCUUUUCUUCCAACCAAUAAUCAGGACCCAAAACAACAAGUAAACUUAUCACAUGGCUCAGGUACGGAAAAUCUACUGCACAUCACGCCACAUGCCGGCCGGAAGCCCUAUAACUCAAUGUUCGACUGGGGUGUUUAUUUUCCAUUUAUAGCUCAAGCUUUUCGCAUGAAACAGUUUCCGUAUCCGCAGGUUUCGGGGUUGGUUCUUAAGGACCCAAUACUGCAGCGCGCCAUCAAGCAGGCCAGUGAAGAUGCUUUAAAGGAGGAAAAUUCCAAGACCAGAAGAAACUCUGAGCGAAUUCUGCCAACAACUGAAAUAGACUCGGAUGAUGAGGAAAUAGAGAACCUGGCUUAUCAGAAAAUACUCAAGAAGCAGGAAAAACGAGGCUACAGCAUACUUAUGGAUAUGCGUUCAACCCUGAAUGGAUUCUUGGUGGCUUUUACAUCUUGGUUGCUAUACAAACUACUGCCAUGCUUUUUAUCCGGAGUGGUCACACACACUCGACAAAUUGAAAUGCUUAAACUGGCUGCUGAAAAGGCUCCGGGCAUUCCUUUAAUCUUCCUGCCAUUACAUCGAAGUCAUUUGGAUUAUAUCAUGGUAACAUUCAUCUUGGCCAACAACGAUAUUAGGUCUCCACUCGUCGCUGCGGGGAACAAUCUUCAGAUUCCUAUUUUUGGGGGAUUACUGCGAGGACUGGGUGCGUUCUUCAUUAAGAGAAAAAUUGAUCCAGUUGUUGGCAAAAAGGAUGUGCUGUAUCGAGCUGUUUUGCAUUUAUAUUUGCAACAUGCCCUCAAAAUGGGUCACAACGUGGAGUUCUUCAUUGAAGGUGGACGAACGCGAACUGGGAAACCAUGUAUGCCAAAGGGUGGUAUCCUUUCCGUUAUCGUUAAUGCCUUCAUGGAUCGCAGUAUCCCGGAUGCACUUUUAGUCCCAGUAUCAGUAAACUAUGAACGUCUUGUUGACGGUAAUUUCGUCCGUGAACAACUUGGCCAGAAGAAGAUACCAGAAUCAUUUGGUAAAGCUAUGUCGGGUAUAUGGAAGGCUUUGAAUUCCAAAUACGGGUUAAUGCGAAUCGAUUUCAACGAACCUUAUUCCAUCCGCGAACUUGUCCAAAGUUACAACAAGAUUGCAAAGGAAGAUGGCAACAUGAAAAUCUAUAAACCAGGCGCAAGAACAUUGCAACAUAAUCAAUCCACGUCCUCUUUGUACGGCACAGACGUUGUAUGUGAGGAACAUCGAACCUUAAUAGAUAGCAUAUCAAGACAAGUGGUAUACGAUUGCGCGGCUGCUACGUCAGUUAUGUCAACGAACGCGUUGUCUUUCUUGCUGCUUAACCGGUUUAGAAGUGGUGCUCUAGAAGUUGAAAUUGCCAAGGAACUGGACAAGCUUAGGAGCGUAUUGAAAGGUCGGAGAGACAUGGGUUUCUCUGGCGAGUCGAUUCAUGUUGUGAGAUAUGCCUGUGAUCUUCUAGGACCCGAUCUUGUAGUGAGAACCAAAAGGGACCAACAAAACUUUAUUCAACCAAAUCCACUCGUUCCAAGACUGAUUGAAUUAGCUUACUAUUCAAAUACUCUUACGCCACAUUUUGCUCUUGAAGCAAUUGUAUUGACAUCCCUCCAUUCAAUUUUAAGCGACAAACCAAACGACGCUGGGAUCUCUCGAAAACAUUUGAUCGAUGCUAGUCUUGAAAAUUGUGACGUCUACCGCUAUGAAUUUAUUCUUAACAAACCAACUCAAGUGCUAGAACAACUUCUCGAGUCGACAAUCGAUACAUUAAUAAAUCGAGAUCUAAUAAAGGGAUUAGAUACUAAGGAUACGACAGAAUGUGACGUGCAAACCCAUCGCAUGGCAAAUAAUCUUAUGGCCUAUCUGGGCGAGGACGAAUAUGAGGAUUUAACCCCAUUAGAAAAUCAAGAAAAGCCGGAACUUUUCAUAAACUACAACACGCUCCAAGAACAGAAAUAUGUUUGUGACAUAUUGGCACCGUUUGCACACGCGUACCACUCUGUGGCACAAUCUUUGAAGAUUCUGUACAAAAGUUCAAUGCUCGAAAGUGAAUUUAUUAAGUUUGUAAUCAAAGAUAUCACUGACAAAGUUAACGAUGCGAGCUGUCCCUAUGGUGAAAGUAUUUCAACUGACUCUGUUCGAAAUUGUUUGAAACUAUUCGAAAAAUGGUCAGUUUUGGAAGUUUUCAACCAACACGGACUAAGAUUGCUAUCCCUGGGACUUCUGUACGAUUCAUCGUCGGACGGUGUUGUUUGUAUUGUCAAUAGAAUAGCAGCAAUUGUGCCAAAAAUUAAAAUGUAAAAAUUAAAAUAUUUAAGACUUUAAGUACUCUGAUAGUGUAUAGUAUGGUUAGAAAAAGAAAAAAGAAAACAAAAAUACUUGAUUAAAAUAAUAAUUUAAUAUAAUGUUUUGCUCAGUUUUUGGUUGUUGUUGUAAUUAAUAAUGGGAGAUAUUAUAAGCACAAGAUCAAUUAGAAAAAUCAACCAACAAUUAAACGAAAAUAAAUAAAAAGAAAGUAGUUAUACGAACAAAGUAAUAGCAAUCAAAGUCUCUUUUUUGUUUUGCUCUGUGUUGCUUAAUUUAUCUCUUGACUGAAUAAAAUUAAACAAAAUCAUAAUAAACAACUAACUUACAAUAUUGUAGUAGAACAAAUAUACAUAAUGUAAUGUUAUUUCUAAGACUCCAUGCCUUCGUGUGAUGUAUAAAUAUUAAAUAAUAAAAAACUUAUUAUUAGUAUUCUAA